AUGAAGUUAGAUUUACACUGCCACAUCCUGCCCAAGGAAUGGCCAAAUCUAAAGCAGAGGUAUGGAUAUGAAGGUUGGGUCCAACUUCACCAUCACUCUCAGGGGGAAGCAAAAAUGAUGAAAGAUGGCAAAGUUUUUCGAGUGGUGCAAGAAAACUGUUGGGAUCCACAAGCACGGAUUCAAGAAAUGGAUCAAUCAGGUGUAACUGUGCAAGCUCUUUCUACUGUUCCUGUUAUGUUCAAUUAUUGGGCAAAACCCAAGGACACCUUGGAUCUGUGCCAUAUUUUGAAUGAUGACCUUGCAGCCACAGUGCGUAAACACCCAACGAGAUUCAUUGGUCUUGGUACUCUGCCCAUGCAGGACCCAGAACUUGCUGUUCAGGAAAUGCAUCGUUGUGUGAAAGAGUUAGGAUUUCCUGGAAUUCAAAUUGGCUCCCAUAUCAACGAUUGGGAUCUAAAUUGUCCAGAGCUUUAUCCAGUGUAUGCUGCUGCAGAAAAGUUAAAAUGUGCCAUAUUUGUACACCCAUGGGAUAUGAAGACGGAUGGGAGAAUGUCCAAGUACUGGCUUCCAUGGCUUGUAGGUAUGCCUGCUGAAACAACCACUGCAAUGUGUUGCAUGCUGUUUGGUGGAAUCUUUGAAAAAUUUCCCAAAUUGAAAGUCUGCUUUGCCCAUGGAGGUGGUGCUUUUCCUUAUACCAUUGGGAGGAUUGAACAUGGGUUUAAUGUCCGUCCCGAUUUGUGUGCCAUGGACAACAAGACAAGCCCUCAAAAGUGCCUAGGCCAUUUUUACACAGAUUCAUUAGUACACGAUCCACUUGCACUGAAGCUGUUGGUGGAGGUGAUAGGGAAAGACAAGGUGAUGCUGGGGACAGAUUAUCCAUUCCCACUGGGAGAACUGAAACCAGGAAAACUUAUUGAAUCUAUGGAAGAAUUCAGCAAUGAACUUAAAGAUAAGCUCCUUGCCAAAAACGCACUGGAGUUCCUCGGCCUUGAAAAGAAACAGUUUGGCUGAUCUAAUAGCUCUUUAACAUGCCUUUUUGUUCCUAAGUUAAGAAAUGUCUAUACUAUUUGAGACAAGCUGGG